GGUGAUCGCUUUUAUCGUUUCGGAUGGCAUUAGGCAGAUGGCGUUGAUGACCCAGAACCGAAUCAAUGAUGAAUAUGAGGCUUGGAAAAUCCUCCUUUUCGUCACUCCAGGAAGCUUUUUCGUGUCCGUUAUCUAUGUCUGGAUCUUGAGCGCGUUGCAGGAAACGAUUACGGUAAUUUUAUAUUUGUAGCAACAGUUUUGAUCAUGCCUUUCUUGACGCAGACUGAAGAUAAUGCAGCAUGCUGCGAUGAACACAUAUACUGACACAUAGAUAUACUGACACAUAUACUGACACAUAUACUGACACAUACACUGACGCAUAUACUGACACAUAUACUGACACAUACACUGACACAUAUACUGACACAUACACUGACACAUAUACUGACACAUGUACCGUGAACCUCACCAACUUACACUCUCACGACGAACACAGGACUUGAACGAGAAGCGACAGCUGGUGAAAGUAGAAGUGUAUCAAUCCUUACGGUUGGCUCUUAU